ACUACUCUUAAAACAGUAACACUUAAUAAAUACAGAAAAUGGCUACUAUUAAAUUAUCCUCAGGUCACUUGAUGCCUUUAGUUGGUUUCGGUUGUUGGAAGGUCGACAACGCUACCGCUGCUGACCAAAUCUACAACGCUAUCAAGGCUGGUUACAGAUUAUUCGACGGUGCUGAAGAUUACGGUAACGAAAAGGAAGUCGGUGACGGUUUAAAGAGAGCCAUUGAUGAAGGUCUCGUCAAGAGAGAAGAAUUAUUCAUCACCUCUAAGUUAUGGAACAACUACCACGACCCAAAGAACGUUGAAACUGCUUUAAACAGAACCUUAUCCGAUUUACAAUUGGACUACGUUGAUUUAUUCUUGAUCCACUUCCCAAUUGCUUUCAAGUUCGUUCCAUUAGAAGAAAAAUACCCACCAGGUUUCUACUGUGGUGACGGUAACAACUUCCACUAUGAAAAUGUUCCAUUAUUGGACACUUGGAAGGCCUUGGAAAAGUUAGUUCAAGCUGGUAAGAUCAAGUCUAUCGGUAUCUCUAACUUCCCUGGUGCUUUAAUCUACGACUUGGUCAGAGGUGCUACCAUCAAGCCAGCUGUUUUACAAAUUGAACACCACCCAUACUUACAACAACCAAAGUUGAUUGAAUACGUCCAAAAGCAAGGUAUUGCUAUUACCGCUUACUCUUCUUUCGGUCCUCAAUCUUUCUUGGAAUUGAACCAAAACAGAGCUUUAAACACCCCAACCUUGUUUGAACACGACACCAUCAAGUCUAUCUCUACCAGAUUAAACAAGACCCCAGCUCAAGUCUUAUUAAGAUGGGCCACCCAAAGAAACAUUGCUGUUAUUCCAAAGUCUAACAACCCAGCUAGAUUAGCUCAAAACUUGGACGUCACCUCUUUCGACUUGACCGAAGAAGACUUCAACGCUAUCUCUGCUUUGGACAUCAACUUGAGAUUCAACGACCCAUGGGACUGGGACAACAUUCCAAUCUUCGUUUAAGUUUGAUUCUAGUUUAUAUAUAUAGUUAUCGAUUAGCAUUAAUAAAAGGAAUCUUAUUUAAUUGGUUAAGUGUAGCAGUACAUGAAAGGAUAUCACAAUUAAAUUUAAUCAAUAGUAGUAGUGGUAGGUGAAAGCAAUAGUGGUGAUAGGAGGUGGUACUAGUUGUGGCAAUGGUAGCAAUAUUAAUUGAUACGGUAGUACUGUUGCAUUAAGUAAGGAUGUCCAAUGCAAAAGUCACCAAAUAUUAGCUAGAUGAGUCCCAUAUAUAUAUAUAUAUGUACAAUAAAAGCAGACCACAAAAGUGGGCUAACAAUAAUUGAGUUCAAGUGACAUAGUUAACUAU